CCACCGACGAGGGUCGGACCGCCUGACGCCCGGCAGCUGUGUGAGCGCCGAUAGCGCCUGUGUCGAUAGUCAUGGCGGCCGUGGGGGUGAUGGCAGGCUACGGCCGGGUCACACGCACUCUGUUGAGGAGCGUCGCGGCGAGAACGUCCUCCACGAUGGCAGCUCCCGGCAACUUCUACGACUUGGAAGCCACCGACCUGGAUGGUCAAAAGGUCGGCUUCGGCAAGUACAAGGGGAAGGUGGUGCUCAUCCAGAACACCGCCUCCCUCUGAGGCACAACCACUCGGGACUACACCCAGAUGAACCUACUCAUCAAGCGGUUCGGUCCCGAGAAGCUGGCUGUGCUGGCUUUCCCCUGCAACCAGUUCGGUCACCAGGAAAACGCCGAGAAUGAGGAGAUCAAGAGCGCUCUGCGCUAUGUGCGGCCCGGUAACAACUUCGAGCCCCUCUGCGAGAUGUUCGCCAAGGUCGAGGUCAACGGUUCGAACACACACCCCGUAUUCAAGUACCUGAAGUCAGCGCUGCCGCUGCCGGCCGACGACCCGACCGCGCUGCUGGCCGACCCCCGGCUGGUGAUCUGGGCGCCGUUAGAGCGCAGCGACAUCGCCUGGAACUUCGAGAAGUUCCUCAUCGGGCCCGACGGCAAGCCGUUCCGAAGGUACAGCAAGAAGUUCGAGACCAUCCACAUUGAGGAGGACAUCAAGACCCUCGUGAACCAGCGGGGCAAGUGAGCGAUCCACCGGACGCCAGCCCCGGCGCCGGCCGCUUGGCCGCGGUUCCUUGCGUGGCCGCAUGACGGCGCCACUGUAAACACCUCCGGUGGGGGUGGCGCCUGAUGUAGGGGCAGCGCGCGGAGCCGCGGUCAGCGGCCGGCCGUCCGGGGCUUCCGGGGAUCGAGAGUGAGCAGCUGCGACCUGCCCGGUCGGUGUGUGCGCGCGUGUGUGUGUUCUGUGAGUGUCGCCUGCGAGCUAACUGCCAAAUGCAAACAGCAACGGGAU